CACGGCCUUCCUCGAAGAUCCUUCUGCUCCGGCGCGGCUGUCUGGCUCACCGGCCCGGACGAGCUCGAGCGGUACGACUGCCAAAGAGCCAAGGAGGCCAAAUCCCAAGGCAUCCAAACCCUCCUCUGCGUCCCAGCCCCUUUCGGCGUCCUCGAAUUCGCAUCCCGACAGAUAAUCCCCGAGGAUUGGGGCUUAGUCCAACAGGUGAAAUCCGUGUUGGAGUCGGACAUACCCAAUUUCAGAAACAGCAGCAGCCCACUUCCGUUGUUGGAGCAAGACGUCAAUUUGGAGGAGAUUGGGUUCUUGAGCGAAGCCCCAGAGGAGGAAGUGGGAAGGCCCGGCAGAGGGAAAUCGAGAAGAACAGAGUCCGCAGGGGAAUUGGAGCUGUCGGAUUCCGACAGCCCAGUGGGGAAAGCAGCGGGGAAAAGAAGAGGGAGGAAACGAAACAACGUGGAAGCAGAACGGCAGAGGAGGGAGAAACUAAACAAGCGAUUCUACGCGCUCCUGUCGGUAGUGCCGAACGUGUCGAGAAUGGACAAGGCGUCGUUGCUGUGGGACGCGGUGUCUUACAUAAACGCACUAAAGGGGAAGGUGGAGGAGAUGGAGUUGGAGUUGGAGGUGAGGAAGUUGAAGAGAGGGGGAGGGGAGGGGGUGGAGAAACAGAGCACCACGACGUCGGAGGAGGAGGAGGAACAGGGGAAGGGCAGUACUCUGUUCGACGUGGAGGUAAAAAGGAUGGGAGGAGGGGACGCCAUGGUGCGAGUUGAGUCCCAUAACCAAAACUGCCCUUCCGCCACAUUGAUGGGAGCAUUACGAGAUCUGGAAGUUCACAUUCACCACGCCAACAUCACCAAUGUAAACGAUUUGAUGCUCCAACAUGUUUUGAUUAAGCUUCCCCAUGCCUUCUCCACCGAUGAAGCCUUCAAAGCAUCUCUUUUAUCUAAAUUACACUAAAUCCUUCUCCUUCCCAUCAUCCUAUGCAUAUCUAUCUAUCUAUCUCUUCUAUUCUGCCUCAUCCUUCUUACUCAUUUUACACACAAAUAGUUCUUUUUUUUUUUUUU